AGAGCAUAGAAGUGAUCUCCUACAAUGGAGGAAGCCAAACAGAAAGGCAAGGCGAGGGGUACCAGGGCCGCACAGAGUUCUUCACCUCUCAGCUGAGCAAAGGAAAUCUCUCCCUGAUGCUGAAGAACAUCCGGGUGACUGACAAAGGGAAAUACACUUGCCGGGUUGAUGUCUCAGACUGGCAUGGAGAAGCCUACAUUGAACUGGAGGUGACGGCUCCCUACAGAAUCCUUCCUCCCAACAACCCUGUUAUUGGAGUCAUUGGAGCAGACAUCAUCCUCCCAUGCCAGCUCUCAGUCACUACGUUAUCUGGAAGCUUCAAAGUGCAGUGGAAGCUGUUAAGAUCAUCAGCACUAGUCCAUGAAGUCUCCUACAAUGGAGGAAUCCAGGCAGAAUCAGAAGGGGAGAAAUACCGGGAUCGAACGGAGCUGUUCUUCACUGGAAUGACUCAGGGGAACCUCUCAUUGAAGCUCAAGCACGUCCAGGCCUCUGACAAAGCAGAAUACAUCUGCAGCCUGGAUUCUGACAGCUGGUAUGAUGAGAUGGUGGUGGAACUGGAUGUAACGGGCAAAUUCAGAAUCCUCCCCCCAAGUCACCCUGUUAUUGGGGUUAUUGGAAAGGACGUGAUCCUGCCCUGCCAGCUCUCAGACACCAUUAUUCCUACAAGCAUCACUGUCCAAUGGACCCUCAUCCAGCCCUCUAAGAAACCAGUCAAAAUCCUCUACAAUGGGAGGUUCAGUGAGGACCAGCAGAAUGAAAGAUCCUGGGGUGCGAUGGAGGUCUUCAGCACUGAGUGGACUAAGGGCAACAUGUCUCUAAAGCUGAACAACAUCCAGCUCCCCGACAGAGGGAAAUAUCUCUGCAGUGUGGCAGCUGGGGACUGGAAGGACAAGGUGGCCAUCGAGCUGGAGUUGACACCAACAGGAAACAGACAGAGGGGAGGAGAAUUCAGAAGAGCCGGCCAAGGUCAUAGGAAAGCUCCAGCUAAGAGAACUAAGAAGCAUAACGUGAAGAAGAAGGCAGAAUAACAGAAGAGCAGAACAACCAGAAAUGUCUACGGGAUAUUGGCACUAAAGAGGGUGUUUACACUGUGUAACAAACAUCACAUUGAUUAUAGCUUUGUUAAUGGAAUAAAUUGAGGUGGCACCAUAACAAAAGUCUCAGGGUUCAAUUAGAAUUGUUAUUGCUAACACUGGGCAGGAAAGAAUUUUCCAAUGCCCAGGAAAUUUUUUGUAACCACAAAACGGCUCUGACUGUCUGAUGCUGGGACUGGACGACAAGGGAUGGAUCUCUGGAUGUUUGUUGUGUUCUGUCUAUUUCCUCUGAAAU